ACCCUCAAUUUCUUCUCUCUCUCUCUCUCUCUCUCUCUCUCUAUAUAUAUAUAUAUAUAAACCUCUCCAAUCCCUCUGAAACUCCUCCAAGCUCCCUCUUCUUCUUCUUGGCUUUCCUUUAGCUUCACACAAAGCUUUUCAAAAAAGAAAAAAGAAUAAAAAUGGUGAAGUUCUCAAAGGAGCUAGAAGCUCAGUUAAUACCAGAAUGGAAGGAAGCUUUCGUGAACUACUGGCAACUCAAGAAAUACAUCAAGAAGAUCAAACUUUCAAGGAUUAAUAUUCCCAAAAACCAUCCCCAAGGUUGCUCUAGCACAGACUUUGGGUUCUCCAUUUUCGACCCCAUUAGCUCUCUUGCCAAAAAUGUUUCCGACAAGCUUUUCCAUUCAUCGGCUACCACAACUGAGAUAAUUAAGGUAAAGAGUAAAAUCAUGGCAAAUGGAGAAGAAGGAUCAAUUUAUGAAACAGAGCUUGCUCAAUUAUUUUCUGAGGAAGAUGGGGUAAGGGUGUUUUUUGAGAGAUUGGAUGAGGAGCUUAACAAAGUGAACCAAUUUUACAUAACCAAAGAGAGUGAGUUUCUUGAGAGAGGAGAGAUUCUAAACAAGCAGCUUCAGAUAUUGCUGGACUUGAAGCAGAUUCUUAACGACCGGCGAUGGAAGAAUUCUCCGGCGAAGAUCAACUCCGGUAGUGUUCCUUGCUCAUGGUCAUCUUCCCCUAGGACCUCUGACUAUUCUGCAGAGAGUCCAGCAGAGCUAAGUGAGAGUCCACCAACAGAAACAUCACAAACAGAGGAAGCAAUAGCAGCAUUGGAGAGAAAUGGAUUGAGUUUCAUAAAUGCAGCAACAAUGGGGAAGACAAAGAAAGGCAAGCCAAAGAUGGCAAUGAGGAUUGAUAUUCCAGCAACAACACCAACAAGAACAAUCUCAGCUGUUACUUCAAUGCUUUGGGAAGAUUUAAUUAACAAUCCUAAGAAAGAUGGCCAUGGUGAAUUUAUCAACAAGAAAAAGAUUCAGUGUGCUGAGAAGAUGAUUAGAGGAGCUUUUGUUGAGCUCUACAAAGGCCUUAAUUUAAUCAAGACCUACAGCUCAUUGAAUAUGGUGGCAUUUACAAAGAUACUAAAGAAGUUCGACAAGGUGUCUAACCAGCAGGCAUCAGCAAGUUAUCUAAAAGUAGUGAAGGGAGCAUACUUCAUUAGUUCUGAUAAGGUUGUAAGACUAAUGGACGAAGUGGAGUCCAUAUUCACACAGCACUUCGCCAACAACGACAGGAAAAAGGCAAUGAAGUUCUUGAGACCCCAACAGAACAAAGAGUCUCACAUGGUCACCUUCUUUGUUGGGUUGUUUACAGGUUGUUUUGUAUCAUUGUUUAGUGUAUACGCAAUACUAGCACAUUUGUCUGGUAUUUUCUCACCCAGCACAGAAGUUGCCUACAUGGAAACUGUCUACCCUGUUUUCAGUGUGUUUGCCUUGCUAAGCUUGCACUUGUUCAUGUAUGGAUGCAAUCUUUUUAUGUGGAAGAAUACAAGGAUAAACUAUAACUUCAUAUUCGAAUUCUCACCAAGUUCUUCUCUCAAGUACCGCGAUGCCUUCCUGGUAUGUACAACUUUUAUGACUGCUGUAGUUGGGGCAAUGGUUGUCCAUCUUAUCUUGAGAGCCAGUGGUUUUUCACCAAGCCAAGUUGAUGCCAUUCCUGGAAUUCUUGUUCUGGUUUUUAUAGCCCUGCUUAUAUGCCCAUUUGACAUCUUCUAUCGCCCAACACGAUAUUGUUUCAUUCGUGUGAUUCGUAACAUAGUAUGCUCACCAUUUUAUAAGGUUUUGAUGGUGGACUUUUUUAUGGCUGACCAACUUACUAGCCAGAUUCCCUUGCUGAGGCACAUGGAAUCCACAGCCUGCUACUUCCUUGCUGGCAAUUUUAGAACUCACCGAUACGAAACCUGCCAAAAGGGAAGGGUUUUCAGAGAACUUGCCUAUGUUAUCUCAUUUUUGCCGUAUUACUGGCGUGCCAUGCAGUGUGCCAGACGAUGGUUCGAUGAAUGUGAUCCAAACCAUUUGGCUAACAUGGGGAAGUAUGUUUCUGCCAUGGUGGCAGCCGGUGCCAGGUUAACUUAUGCCAGGCAGAACAACCAUUUAUGGUUUUCUAUAGUCUUGAUCACUUCUGUGGUAGCUACAGUUUAUCAAUUAUAUUGGGAUUUUGUCAAGGAUUGGGGUCUUUUCAACCCAAAAUCCAAAAACCUAUGGCUUAGAGAUGAUCUGAUUCUAAAGAGCAAAAGUAUAUAUUAUAUUUCCAUUGCCUUGAAUGCAGUUCUAAGAGUUGCUUGGGUGGAAACAGUGAUGCGGUUCCAUAGAAUUGGAGCUGUUGAGUCCCGGUUGAUUGAUUUUCUUUUGGCUUCUUUGGAAGUAAUCCGUCGAGGCCAUUGGAAUUUUUACAGGUUAGAGAAUGAGCAUCUAAACAAUGUGGGAAAUUUCAGAGCAGUGAAGAAUGUUCCUUUACCAUUCCGAGAGACAGACUCUGAUGACUGAGAAUUGUUAUUCUAUAAGUACAACAAAACACCCCCAAGAAAAGCUGAUAUAGGGGCAAAAGUAAAAGAGGGGAUUCACAUUUUGCUAUGACCCCUCACAUCAUAACAUAUGAAAUUCAAAAUAUCAAUGGUGUAAGGUGCCAAUUGUAACAAAGAAAGGGCCUUUCCAAAGACAUUCUCUGUUCUGUACAUUUGCAAAAUUCCAUCAUGGGUUUGCUCAUGGAAAUGUAUCAUGUACAUCUUUUUUCUAUAUAGCCAUUUCUUUGUCUUCU